GCCUAACUGGGCUGAUAUCUGUAACUGGUGACCUCCAUGUGGUCAGAAUGUCAUGGAACGACAACCACGCCGAUAUCACAGGUCAUUUACAUUUAACACUUGUGGCCAUGAGUCGAUAUGUUCCAAAGAAGGUGCUGGCCGAUGCCUUGUAUGGCCAAGUCCUCCUAUGCCACGACACCCACUCGGGCGACUUGGUCGCCGUUAAGCGCAUUCAUUUGUCGGCGGUCUCGGAGGUUGUUGAGAAGGCAGUGCACGAGCGCAUGAGCAGCCACGGGGGGCACUCGCACGUCCUUCGCCUGCGCCAGUCGUUUAUCCAGCAAGGUUAUGACCACUUGGUCAUGGAUUACUGCCAAAACGGCGACCUCUUCGACCUAGUGAGCAACGCAGGCAUGCUUCAUCCGGACGUAGCUCAGCGGUACUUUCGCCAAAUUGUGCACGGCGUGGCCUUCAUGCACAGCCGAGGCGUGGCCCACCGCGAUGUGUCGUUGGAGAAUGUCCUCCUAGACGACAAGAACAACUGCCACGUGAGUGACUUCGGCUUGGCGGCCGCCACGACCGAACUCCGUACGGAUGUGGUGGGGAAGCCGUUCUACAUGGCCCCUGAAAUCGUCGCGGAGCAAGCGUACAGGCCCGUGCAAGCCGACGUGUGGUCGCUUGGUGUGGUGCUGUUUAUGAUGCUCACGGGGGCCCCGCUGUGCGAAACGGCGUCGGCGACCGACUCGCGCUUCCAAUUCGUCCAAACCCAUGGCCUGCGUGCGCUCCUGCACUCAUGGCAGCUGAGCCACCGCUUCGACUGUGUGACGCUGGACCUCCUCGAGAAGAUGCUGCACCCCAACCCGAACGCACGACUGACCAUGGCCCAAGUGCUGCAGCAUCCGUACGUGAGCGGCCGACAAGAAGCUGCUGCUCAAUCUACCUCGAAGAAACCGUCAACAAAAUUCAAAUCCGGACCGUCGUUUGUCCAGCGGUGGAUCUGCCGCACCCAGAAUGCUGUCAAAGCUGCCAAAGUGUCCUAGCCACAAGUAAACUAAAAUUAUUUAACCAGGCCGCGAUAGAACCCAAUAUUCACAGCGAUUUUUCCCA